CGCAUUACUCGCAAAGUCCCUAUCCCCGCGACAUGGAGGCAACUGUCAUCGCUACGACGCAAAUGACUCACGAUUCGUUUUACCAGCCUUUUUCGGACACCUUCGUACCUCAUGCGAAGCAGGACAGGGAGUUUAAAGUGCUGAAGAGACAGCGCUCGAGCAGCCCAGAGCUGCUCAGGUGCAAGAGGAGACUGACCUUCAACGGACUCGGCUAUACCAUCCCUCAGCAGCAGCCCAUGGCGGUGGCCAGACGCAACGAACGCGAAAGAAACCGCGUCAAGCAGGUGAACAUGGGCUUCCAGACGCUGCGCCAGCAUGUGCCCAACGGAGCGGCGAACAAGAAGAUGAGCAAAGUGGAGACGCUGCGCUCGGCGGUGGAGUACAUCCGAGCGCUUCAGCAGCUGCUGGACGAGCACGACGCCGUGUCCGCUGUGCUGCAGUGCGGCGUCCCGUCUCCGUCGGUCUCCAACGCGUACUCGGCGGGUUCGGAGUCUCCUCAUUCAGCUUAUUCCUCUGAUGAGGGCAGCUACGAGCAUCUCAGCUCUGAGGAGCAAGAGCUGCUGGACUUUACCACAUGGUUCGACAGAUAUGAAUCAGGUGCUUCACUGACUACUAAAGAUUGGUGCUGAAGAGACGGCACAGGACUGGUCCAGGUCGCUGAUACACUGCCUGCUGGUGCCCGUGAAGGACUCGAGUUCAUUGAUUGAGCACUGGACUCACAGAGGGCAUUUUCCAGCAGAUGCAACACUCACAAGUUUUUAAAUGUUAGAACUGCAUGGGACUUGAGGCAUGCGAGGAUGUCUGUACGGCUGACUUGUGUCUUGUCACCCCGCAUUCAACAUUUUGCCCUGCUGAUGCAAUAAUGUGUAAAUGCAACUGAAUGAGUCAGUUUGAUCCUUCCAUACUGUACAAAUAACGAGGUGACCAGUCGUAGUUAAACGAAUGAGGAAAAAUAGUAUCAGGUCUCAUAUACGGCGUCUGUUAGGGGAUACACUAACGUUACUCU